AUGGUGUUAAGGAGCACUGGAAUAUUAUUUUCACGAAAUUUGCUUUAUAUUGUGAUCGGCAUUGUCAUUAGUUCGGUACGUAACGUAAAGACUAUACCGAUUGAUAAUUCUCUCGUAGAUGCUGAAGUAAUAAAAGAUUGCGUGACAAAUAAAAGCGUUGAUUUGGUGUUAGUGUUGGAUGGUUCUGGUUCAAUUGGUGAUGAAACUUUCCAAUUGCUGCUCGAUUUCGCGGUGCAUAUUUUACGACGAAUAAAUAUCACGGCGGAAGGUAGUCGAAUGGGUAUCAUUCAGUAUGCCGAGAACCCUCAACUUGAAAUUACGCUAAAUCAGUACACUCAUUCCAAUCAGAUGGAAUGGGCGAUUCAACGCAUUAAAUACCUAUCAGGCGCAACAAAUACAGGGGCUGCGCUUAAAUUUGCUUUGGAACGAGGUUUUCAGGAUGCACGAGGAGGCGGUAUUCCAAAGGUAGCAAUAGUGGUAACCGAUGGUCAAUCUCAGGACAGCGUUGCUGAAAGUGCACAGCAAUUGAGAGAUGCACAUAUAAUGUUGUAUGCGGUCGGUGUUACGAAUUUGGUUAAUGUACAUCAGUUACAUCAGAUAGCUGGAAAUCCAGCACGAGUACUUACAGUUGAAUCAUUCGACGAGUUGAGCAGAACUCUUGCAGAUUCACUCACUUGGGAUAUGUGUAAAACUGAAUUUAGACCCGGCACACCUGAUAUAAUCUGCGGUCCGGAUCGAAUUGGUGUGCGGGCAUCAACAAAGAAUCCAUUUGACGGAUACGUCUUCAUUAUGGAUCAUUUUCAUAAAAAGGAAUGUCGAGCAGGUCCAGAAGAAUUUCCAGAUGCUCGAAGUAUCGGUAUUACUAUUCCGUUCACCGAAUGCAACAUACAUCGAUAUCGUUCAUUGAGCCCACGGGGUAUCUUCGUUGAAAUGACAGUUAUCUUUAUGUUUCAUGCACUAUUUAUGACCAAAGUUGAUCAGAUGGUGAAAGUGCAGUGUUUUUAUAUGGAAGCUGAUAAGUCUGUUUCAGUACCAAUGGAGGUCAGCAUGAUCACAACGCAGUUUCGUGAAAAGAUGUACGAGAUGCCGCGAUGCGAAUAUACUCUAAGGCGUGGAUCACAGGAUGGACCAAUCGUACAGUAUGCACAACUUGGUGAGAGUAUCUAUCAUCGCUGGGAAUGCCACGAUCAGGCUGAUACAUUUGGGAUGCUUGUGCAUUCAUGCUACGUUGACAACGGUUUUGGUGAUCGAGUUGAUAUUCUGGAUGAUACAGGAUGUGGAAUCGACACUGUUUUACUGAUGACCCCAGACUAUGACGAAACACUGAGACUGGCAACGAAGCCGUAUCAUGUUUUCAAAUAUGCUGAUAGGCCUGUACUGCAGUUUCAGUGUCAGAUAACUUUGUGCCUCAAAUUAGACGCAGGCUGCAUUGGAUUAACACCGCCGAAUUGUCCGGAACUAGCCCACAACCACAUGCACAGUCAUGAUCAUGUGCAUGAGCAGAACGAAAUACGUCGUGCUCGAUCCAUCCUGGAAUCUAAUACUCUGGAUAUAUUCACACCACAAUUACACAUUGUCGACAAUUUACCGCAGUGUCCUAAUCAUAGUAUCCAGUUCCCUUCCCUCUAUAUUGUAGUAGUUGUUAUUAGUGUGAUGCUAAACAUCCUUUUGUCCAUCAUUAUAGCAAUGCGAUUUUUAAAAUCCAAAAAGAAUGGUUAA